GUCUGCAGUGGAUCUGAAAGAAGGAUGUAGCUGAAAGACUGCCGCAGGAUCUUUGGGAGGUUUGAAUACAUUGGCAUUCUCCAUGAGGUAUUUUUCCAAUGGCUGUCCUAAGUAAACUAGCUCUGAAGGAACUGGGCACGUGAGCAUUCCUGAUGAAUGUGAUUUGAGUUCUGUGGUAGACAUCAAUUGAUAACAAUAGUAGUACAGAAAGGGGAACCACCUGCAGAUCCAAAUUGGAGUGAUGACCCAGAAGAAUUCCUAGAUCUAGAUGUGCAUCUUCUCCAUGAACAUUGACUAGAGGUGACACGGCCUCCUCACAACUCCACUUGAAAGAUGAGUGAUGGGGCGUGGAUCAUGCUUAGCCCAGCAGAGUUUGCACAGCUGCAGCAGUAUUCUGAAUAUUCUACCAAGAAAUUGAGAGAUGUUUUGGAAGAAUUCCAUGGGGAUGGUAUUCUGUCAAAAUAUAAUCCAGAACAAAAGCAAGACACUCUGAACCAACCUAUUGACUACGAGGGGUUCCAGCUCUUCAUGAGAACAUAUUUGGAGGUGGAUAUUCCAGAAGAGCUCUGUCAGCACCUCUUCAUGUCCUUCAAGCGAAAAGUCGGCCAAUAUUCUCCCGAGAGCCAGCAGCAAAGUGCCAGCAUUCCACAGCUCAGCAACCUUGAAUCCAAGACUCUUGAUACAGGCAUCUCCAUCCAGACAGAAGUUGCUUGUGCUCCUGUUACAGGGAUCAAUGGGAAAACUCUACUAAGUGCCAUGGGAAGGCAUACACCUGAAUCCAAAAGCCCCCAGACAAAUCUAGCGGAGCCACAAUCAGCAUCUCUCAGUCCUGUUCCAACUGCCAACAUCAAUGCCCUUGGGAAUGCCUCACCUAGCUGGUCCAGAUCAUCAUCACAGAAAUCCACUGCUGGUAACCCUUCUGCUCACAACUCCUCAGGGUCCUCCAAGAUUUCCUCAGGUUCUCUGCUCACUCCACAAUCCCCAGGUUCCAAAAGUUUGGACAAGAAACUGCCCUUCAACCUCCGAAAGAGUCACAUCUCCCUGAAAACAGCCAGUCCACACCCACCAGCCCCUUUGGCUCAGGUAGUCUACCUGAAGGACAUUGUCUGCUACCUGUCACUGCUGGAAAGGGGACGGGCUGAGGAUAAGCUGGAGUUUAUGUUUCGCCUCUAUGACACAGAUGGCAAUGGCUUCCUGGACAGCUCGGAGCUGGAUCGUAUUAUCAAUCAAAUGGUACAUGUAGCAGAAUAUCUGGAAUGGGACUCCACAGAAUUAAGGCCAAUUUUGAAAGAGAUGAUGGAAGAAAUAGACUAUGAUCAUGAUGGAACUGUGACACUUGAAGAAUGGAUUCGGGGUGGCAUGACCACCAUCCCUCUGCUCGUUCUCCUAGGCAUGGAAACAAAUGUAAAGGAUGAUGGGCAGCACGCUUGGAGGCUGAAACAUUUCAAGAAGCCUGCCUACUGCAACUUUUGCCGCACUAUGCUACUGGGGGUUAGGAAGCAAGGCUUGUGCUGUUCCUUUUGUAAAUACACUGUCCAUGAAAGAUGUGUGUCCAAAGAUAUUGCUCCUUGCAUCAGUACUUAUGUAAAAUCCAAGAGAAAUACAAAUGUUAUGCAGCACACAUGGAUUGAGGGCAAUUCCCCAGCCAAGUGUGAUCGAUGUCAUAAAAGCAUCAAAUGCUACCAGGGAAUUACCGGACUACAUUGUGUAUGGUGCCAAAUCACACUUCACAACAAAUGUGCCUCUCAUGUGAAACCUGAAUGUGACGGUGGGCAUCUCAAAGACCACAUCUUGCUGCCUUCCCAGAUCUGCCCAGUUGUUCUGGAUAGGCAAUCCCACUCCCGAAGAUCAGACAGUGAAUCACCAUCCAGCACCACCCCUGAGGAUACAAACAUGACCUUCAGAUACAACACCACCACAGUGGACGGACAUGGACUGCAGAUUACACCUAAGCCAGGAACACACCCAUUGUUGGUAUUUGUGAACCCCAAGAGUGGAGGAAGGCAAGGAGAAAGGGUACAUCGGAAAUUCCAUUAUCUACUCAACCCCAGACAAGUUUACAACCUGGAUCGAGGGGGACCUACUCCUGGCUUAAAUUUUUUCCGUGAUGCCCCAGACUUUCGUAUUUUGGCUUGUGGAGGGGAUGGGACAGUUGGAUGGAUUCUGGACUGCAUAGAUAAGAUGAACUUAGCAAAGCACCCUCCUGUGGCUAUCCUGCCAUUGGGAACAGGGAAUGAUCUUGCCCGCUGCCUCCGAUGGGGAGGAGGUUAUGAAGGAGGCAACUUAAUAAAAAUACUUAAGGAUAUUGAGCACAGUACUGAGGUAAUGCUGGACCGAUGGCAAAUUGAUGUCAUUCCCAAUGACAAAGAGGAGAAUGGAGAUCCUGUCCCAUACAGCAUCAUCAACAACUAUUUCUCCAUAGGAGUAGAUGCAUCCAUUGCACAUAGAUUCCACCUGAUGAGGGAAAAGCAUCCUGAAAAAUUCAACAGCAGAAUGAAGAAUAAAUUGUGGUAUUUUGAAUUCGGCACAACAGAAACAUUUGCAGCCACUUGCAAGAAGCUUCACGACUAUGUAGAGAUUGAGUGUGAUGGAACAGUUUUGGAUCUGACUAGCACUUCAUUGGAAGGUAUUGCAGUCCUCAAUAUUCCCAGCAUGUAUGGUGGCUCCAAUCUCUGGGGGGAAACCAAGAAACAGCGCAGCUACAACCGCAUGAGCAAGAAAAUACCUGAAAAGUUGCAAUCCUCAGUGGUUACUGAUGCCAAGGAACUCAAGUUUUGUGUCCAAGAUCUUAGUGAUCAGCUCUUGGAAGUUGUUGGUCUUGAAGGGGCAAUGGAAAUGGGACAGAUCUAUACUGGAUUGAAAAGUGCUGGCAAGAGAUUGGCCCAGUGUUCCUCUGUUGCUAUCAGGACAACCAAACUGUUGCCCAUGCAAGUGGAUGGAGAGCCUUGGAUGCAACCACCUUGUACAAUUAAAAUAACCCACAAAAGCCAAGUGCCAAUGUUAUUAGGACCUCCCCAAAAGAGCAGCUUUUUCUUCCUGAGGAGGAGAAACCGAACUCGAGACUAAUUUUCAACCAAGCAAAGAACAACCUUCAGAAGCAGCAGUUCUCCAUUCCAGUGGCAACCACCCUGGGAAGGACUGCAAGAAAGAAAUCUUAAUCCCUUCAAAUUUCCUGGCUUCUGAAUCUGCUUUGGAAACAUCAGUCUGGAGGCAGCGUUAUGAACUCUUAGUAGAAAAUAACAGGGUUGAUGUUCGGCAGUCAAACUGAAAUAGCAGUGUGGGUUCGUAUAUACAUGCACACAUAGCCACUUUCUCUAAAUAUCGUUGGCAGGGAUAGCACUAACACUGAGGACUCAGAAGGAUUUUUGCUCUCCGUAAUGCCACAGCCCAAGGAGGGGAAGCUCUCAACUGCUCUGGUUGACCUGUGGUAAAAUCUGGCACUCUUCUGAAGAGAACUUUCUGGGCAACCAUGAAUUACGCAGCCCUGUCGGAAAGCAAACAAGCAGACAUGGAAACAACAUGUCUGACGUUGCCCUCCAGAUGGGAUGUAGGAGCAUUUUCAUCUAAUUUGAACUCUUUAGAACCCCCAAAAAUAACUGUUGAAGUAUCAAAUUUGGUGAGGAACCAAACUUAGCUUAUUUAUUUUUAAGAAAUUCUGUCAGCAGACAAGUGUUAUUUUGCUCUACUACUGUUUGGGUCACCAAACUGUACACUUGAUUAGACAUGCUAUUUAUUUAUUUUUCAAAGUUGAGAAAACACAGGGGAAGAUGAAAGGGGAAACGAAGGGAGAUGUUAUUUUUUUUCAGCUCUAAAACAACAGGGCCCCUUGCUAGCUCUAGUCAUAAUUUUUAGUUUUAAAAUAAAGUGGAAAUUAGUUAGCUGUUCCCUUUCAAAGGCACAGGAACAUGCAAAAAUAUUGCCACAAUGAAGCUAGAUACAUUAGAGGAAAUGUAAAGCUAGAAAGUGAGAACUUUUUUUAGAAGGAAAAGGAAAACUCAGGGUAUAUUAAACGUAUGAGUAACCCUUCACCAUUUGGUAUGUUGAUCACCUCAACAAAUUUAGGGAUACCUUCAGGUUUGAUACUGACUUCACUGUCCAGUUAAUGUUUUUAUAUUUUCUUUUCACAUAUGGGGACUUACUACUACUUCAGUCCAGGCAUAUUUUAUAUACAUAUUUUAAAAUUUUUCCAUGGCAGCUUCAGUUAAGAUAGGGUUCCUCUUAAAUCCUAUCUCAUUAUGGGGCUGACUUAAGUAACUGAAAAUACUGGAUGUGCUACAAUAGCCUGAAUACAUGACAAGGAGUUAAUACAGAACUGAAUGCAAAUUCUAUGAUAGGCAUUUAUAUGCCACUGAUACGAUGAUGAAAUGUAAGCAAAUUCAGAGGUCAAACUAAUCAGUUAUUUAUCGUCCCAUGCAUUGGCUUUUGCAACAGAAAACUACCCAGCCAACAAUCCUAUAUACAUUCAUUUGUGAUUAAGUCCCGCUGACCUCAAUAGGGUUAAUUUUGUAUAGGCACAUAUUAGAUUGCAGUGCACGUGGUUCACAGAUGCAAGAGACUAAAAUGGCGUACUUUAGUUAGGAAAUGAAUACCUCACAUUCUCUAGCUCUUCUUUAACAUUUUUCAAUCAAAUGUUGAAUUGACAACAGUAUAAUGUGCCAGGUAAUGUCAUGUCACACUUUAUUCUUUUUAGAUUCCAAUGUACAUAAUGCUUUCUAUAUAAUUGAAAAGUACCAGGUUGUGGGAAACUGUUUAGAUCACAAUUGCCAGUGUGUGUGAUCAUCAGUUUUUUCUUCAAGAGAAACUGAGAGAUUAAAACAGGAAAAGGUUUGAUUCACUUGCAACAGUACCAUUCUUCAAAAAAGAUAAAUUGCUAGCAAACGGAUAUGCAUAUUUAUUAUAAUAUCAGAGGGAAUGUGUUAAUUCAAGAGUCACGGUUAAUGUAAGCUUCUUUUACAAGUGGUAGCUUUUUAGGAUUUUGAAUUGGUAAUUCUUGCUUCUAGUUUAAGAAUACUGGCUCAUUCACCUUUAAACAAAGUUGAAGAACAUUGUACUCACUGAUUCUCCUUGUUGCAUGGAAGGUUCUUUUACAUUAAUCCAGGACAAAGGCAUGUCAUCUCUGAGUUAGAAGUCUGGAAAGAGCAAAUGGCACAAAUCCAUUUAUUUACUUAACUGCUCAAAUAAGGAGAACGUAUGUUUUCUGUUAACACAGGUCUUUCUAGAUGAAGUCAUUUGAUUCUACUUAGAAAGAGCUUGUCUAAAUUAGGAAAUCUGGUGGAGACUUUGGCAUCUAUGACAGCAUAACUGUAUUUUUCAUAGACAUCCUGUAUUGCAGUUACGAUACCUACGGUUUUGGAAAUGUUUCACCUGGGACCCAUUCAGAUGUCUGAUAGCACCCUGAAGGUUCUGCAAGAGGUACAAUGUAGAACAAAUAUUGGAUAGAUUUGUUCUUACAUUUGGAAAUUUAGUCUCAGGAAUUUUUGAGCCCUACUUACUGAGUUUCAUCUGUGGGAACCAUCCUAGAGAGGCACAAUUCUAUAGACCAUAUAAUCAUGUACUAUUUAUUAUUACUGGAUCAGAAAAUACCUCAUUGGCUAGUAUUCAUAAUUCUGCCUUCUUCUCUUAUUGCCUUUCCAUAGCUCCGUUUCCUUCCUGCUCCGCUUACCUGUUUGUAAGCAUCUUUGCUUCCAAAAAUCUUCAUCUCUUAUGUUUUGCUUGUUUUCAGUUUUGGUUCUUAACCAUAUGAUCAAAAUAUCCAUGACACAAGUACAGCUCGUACUCUUUUCUUAAAUAUACUUUUCUUCUGCCAUUGAUUUGCUCUUUGGUUUUGGUUCAUUUUAAUGAAUGUACAGUAGAAAACAAAUAAGGAGAAUUUCUUCAGAAGCUGUCUCUGCCAGAAGUUCCAGACUAGAGCUUUGCCAAGUUAAAAAAAUAGCACAGCAGGAAUUUUGUGUCCUCUUGAGAAUUUUAAAUCUGUGGUAGCCAGAUGUCAGCUAAGUAUAAUGAGAAAGCAAAAAAGAUGUGGAUUUUAGAUAUUAGACAUUUCAAAAAAUUACAGAUGAUUCUUAUGAUUUUAUUAUAGAUGAAAACAUAACGAACAAAACUAGAGCCAGUGAAGCAGAUUUCAGUCCGUAGAUACACCACAGAGCAUGCCUAUCCCAUAAAUAUAAAGUGGUUUACUAGUGAUUCCCUUCUGAGGGAAUUUGGAGAACCUGCAUUCUAUGAAGAAGGUUAGAAUUACUAUAGACCAUAUAUUAAUGCCAAUACUACCAUUUUUAUUGCAGGAAAAUUAAACUGGCUUAACUAAUAAAGCUGAGUUGUAAAUAUACCUUAAAUGGUAUGAUUUAAGAAUAAAAAGCAAGCAUAUUAAGAACUCAUCCUCAUUUCCCCCUAAUCGAGGCAUGAACAUUCCACGGUAAAUUUUCUUGUAUGUCAUGGCCUUGUGAUGUUGACUACAUCACAUUCCCCAGCCUAAAUUAAGGCAGCCAUUUGUAGCUGUUCCAGUGAGAAAUGUUCUCCCUCUUCUCCAGACAUUUUUUGCUGUGGACAUCUAACACACUAUCAAUGUUGUGGUUGAUCAUGCAGUCAGGGGCUGAGAUCUGCUACUUUAGUCUGCUCUACAGAUGUUGUCUCCCCUCCAGUUGCUGGGCACUGCCCUCCAUGGACAUUUGCCCUUGAGCUGCAGGAAAGACCAGACAUGAGACUUCUGUGGGAGCAUCUGCCCAUGUAAUGCCUGACUGAUGCUUUCCAGAGUGUAUAUAAUGGAUUCUGUACAAGGAUUUAACACUCUUCUAAAAUAAUACUAGUCCUGCUCUUUAAACAUGUGCUGCACAGAAGGUUGAUUUAGUCCAGGAAAAGGAACUAGGUUCAGCCAACUGUGUGUUGCUGAUUCUAUCACCAGUUACCGCGUUGCAGAUUUUCCACUGUUUCUGCCAACAAGGGAUUUCACAAGGCUGUUCUUUUUAUUGUUUUAUUGGGGGGGGUGCCAUUUUGAAUACUCCGUGGGCUAUUUCUAGGUGUUGCUGGUUUGGCUAUUUGCUGUCAGCAAUUCCCUUGCAACCUUAGUAGAAGAGAGAGCUCACUCAUUAUUCCAUAUAUUUCUUCUGUGCUUCUCAGCCUAAGUGCCAGAUCAGCGGUAUAGGUAAAGAGGGAAGGAGCAUCCCUGAUGCUCUCCAUAACCUCUCCUCUAGGCCUAUAGCCUGUCAGUAAGGGUUUUUCUGAACUAGGUCUAACCCUCCUUAGAAAAACCCCAAUUGGGAGACUUCUCUCCUGCUUUAUCCAUGCCCCUCCUCUGUAGCUGUGACUUUUCAGCUGGUCUUUUUUUGGACACAGAUUAAGUCCUGUUUUGAAAUAUCCCUAGUGGCAGGUCCCAGCUCAUAGCAUCUUCAUGUAGUCUCUUACAGUAGUUGAAUAACAUACCAGGUAGCUAAACACUUGUGUGCAGUCACCCAACCUCACCUCACCACAUAUUAAGAAGAGCAAUUGUUGAUGGUUUUUCCCACCAGCAGAUUAUGUCUGAUGGGAGGAGAAACAAGGCCAGGGGAAUCUACCAAUCCCCUAGUUUCACAUUAGCACUAUAAAGUCAGCACUAGUCACCAGCCUCAUUACUGAGGAAGAGUAGGGCUUGGCUGUUGGGACAACAUGAUUCAUGCUAGAAUAUUUUUCUCCCAGCUCAAAAAUUGGUGUAUUGCACUUUAAGUCCUAGGGCACAACCAGGUUAAUUAAAGAUUAUGUUGCUUAUAUGACACUAUAUUUAUGCUUAUAUGACACUAUCUUUAAUUAAUUUACUCUGGUUUAAUCAUAAGUAAGGGGUAUAUCCAAUUAUAUCUGUCCACCUGCAGAACAGAUUGUGCUGACCAAACAGAUUCCCAUCUCUCUAUUGCAUCUUCUUGGAUGACCUUCCAGACAAAAUUUGGGGAAAUGCGGUUGUUUAGAAGAGGAGGAGGAAAGGGAAGCCCUGUUAAGCAAGCAGAAGACCAUUUGUGUGAAAUUGAAUGUCUGCUUCUCCCUGUAUCAAAGCCAAACUUUAAGUGAAAAUACUACCCAAAGUAAGGGGGAGAGAUAGAUGAUUUUUUGUUAUCAAGUUCAAUUAACCUUAUUUUUUAAUUUGUUUAAUGUACAAUUAUAUUUGUUUAAUUUAAUUAACCUUAAGCCCAUGAUUACACAUUGCAUGAUCAGUUCACUGGGUACAUUCACUUAAAGUAAACAAAACAGUGGAAGACUUAGUAGUAUUUUUGUGUUAGCUCUGUAAUACUCAGGAGCAAUUCUUAAUAGCAGUGAUUAGUCUCUGCAUUCUGCUUUCAUAUACAGUGUAUUAAUAUGGUAGCUAGUUAUCAUCUCCUUCAAAAGAACCGUAAAUAAACAAAAAAAAUCUGAUCAGAUUUUAUUGAAAGUAAGCCACAGUGAAAUCAAUGGCACUAAUUCCAAACUAUCUUUAGAUUCAAUGACAGUUCCUAAUAAGCCACAACAGCUGGAUUCAUGCACUGCUAUAAGUCAUGAUGUAAUUUGAUUUUAAUAAUGUAUUAUAUGAUGCCAUUGUGGGUUGUACAUUAUGGUUUACAGCUUAAUGCAAUAAACAGAUGUGGUUUAUUCAAUAAAACAAACUAUGGGUUAACAGAAAUAUGGAACUGUAGCCCACCAGGUGUUAAUGAACUGUAAAUUGCAGCAUUUUUCAGCUUUAACUUGCUUUAGCAGAUUUUGGAUGCAAUGAGCAAAAUCUGUCCAUCUCCAGUAUGCUUCUAUGUGUGCAUAAAAUGCUAUUUGCCAUUUUACAGAUGCAUAAAAUAUAAUGUAUAAACCCCAUUCAUAUUUAACAGACACUCUAUUUUAAUGGACACUCCUUUCUCCCUUAUUAAUCAAGUAAUAGUAUGAUUUACUGUAUGAAAAAUCAUAUUAGAAACAAAAAAAAGGUAGUCUCCAGAAUCCACUCACCAUCCAUCCUC